GUGAAUGUAAACGGCCGUUCAUUAGCGAAUCGACCUGCAUCAUCAUCAUCAUCACCAUUACCAGAUCAUCUUUUCUCCAAUAUCCGGAACCCAAUUUUAAAAUAAGCACCUUACAUUUACAGCGACAGAGUCAAGAGACAUGUGAAUAGCCUUGUUCUGAAAAUACUGCCCGUGCAAAGGGGAGAGAAAGAGGGGAGCUAGCUUAAUGUGGUAGGUUAACGGUCGCUGCUCGUCUCCUCUCCUCCCGCUCAUCUCAGCUCUGUUUUCCGCUAUGGCCGGCUCUCUACUCCCGCUGUUCGCCGUCCUUCUGUCAGCCUGGCCGGUUGUCGGAGACCCGGAGGGACCUGCUCCUGUCGACGGAGCUCCGCCUUCUAAAAUAGCUGUGAUUGGGGCGGGGAUAGGGGGCAGCGCCACGGCCCACUUCCUACGGCAGCACUUUGGCCCCGAGUUACAGGUGGACGUGUUUGAAAAGGGUGAGGUCGGGGGUCGUCUCGCCACCGUAACGGUCAAUCACAAUGACUACGAGUCUGGAGGUUCCAUCAUUCACUCCCUCAACCUCCACAUGCAGGAAUUUGUCAAACAGCUCGGUUUGAAGUAUCGCCGCAGCAUGGCAGGAAAGACAGCAGUGUUUAACGGCAAGGAGGUAAUUCUAGAGGAGACAGACUGGUACCUGCUGGACUUGUUCCGACUGUGGUGGCGCUAUGGCAUCAGCUUCAUACGCCUGCAAAUGUGGGUGGAGGAAAUUAUGGAGAAAUUCAUGAGGAUAUACAAGUACCAGGCCCACGGUUAUGCCUUCAGCUCAGUGGAGGAGCUGCUGGACUCUCUCGGGGGGAGUGGCUUCAUCAACAUGACCCGGAGGCCGCUCUCUGAUUCACUGCUGGAGCUGGGUGUCUCACAGCGCUUCAUCGACGAGGUCAUCGCACCUGUCAUGAGAGUCAACUACGGACAGAACGUCAGCAUCCCCGCCUUCAUAGGCGCUGUGUCUUUAGCUGGCGCCCAGAACAACCAGUGGGCGGUGGAAGGAGGUAACAAGCUGGUGUGUUCUGGCCUGUUGAAGAUAGCCAACGCUAACCUGCUGCAAGCACAAGUCAACACCAUCUCCCUCGUCCAGCUAGGGGAGGCACUCCAGUACGAGCUGAGCUUCACCACAGCAGCAGGGAGGACGGGAUCAGAGCUCUAUGACAUUGUGGUGUUGGCGACGCCGCUUCAGGCCAAUGUCGAAUCUGGACUCCAGUUCCAAGGUUUCACUCCACCCUUUGAUCAGCUUCCUGGCAACUAUCACAGCACUGUAGCAACUGUUGUCCACGGCUACCUCAACACCUCUCUCUUUGGCUUUCCGGACCCUCGCCUGUUCCCCUUCGCCAACAUCUUGACAACUGAGACACCUGAUCUGUUCUUCAACAGCGUGGCUAGUGUUUGUCCCGUCAACAUCUCGGCGGGUUUCCGGCGUAAACAGCCACAGGAGGCUGGAGUGUAUAAAGUGUUCUCGCCACAGCUUCUGGACAAGUCUCAGCUCAAAACACUCUUCAGGUCGUAUUACUCGGUGCAGGUGACAGAGUGGCAGCCCUACUCUCAUUUUGGCAGCAGCCAGGGUUUGCCGCCUGUGGAGCUCCACCCCAAUCUCUACUACCUCAAUGGUAUUGAGUGGGCCGGCAGUGCCAUGGAGAUGAGCUCAGUGGCUGCCAAGAACAUUGCCCUGCUGGCUUACCACCGCUGGAACAGACAGACUGACAUGGUGGACCAGAGAGAUCUGAUGCACAGGAUCAAGACUGAGUUAUGACCUCGUUACCUGAAAUCCAAGACACGCGUCAGCCAAGAUACAGAUCAAAGUGUUUGCGGAGGGAGGCAGAGAGAUGGUUUCUGGGUAAUUGUAGCUUAUAGCAUCAUGAAGUAGAGGUCUUCACGGGUCCACUUGGUUCUGCUUUGUCUAAUCAGGUAACGUAGGGUCUCGUUUUACUGCCACGGGUCUCGGGUCUUUGUGUCAGUGUGUCUAGUACCUAGGUGGAUCCAAAUGGACUCGAGUGUAUGUGGUGGUAUCAGUUCAUACACACGGGGGGAGAAAACUGUGUGUUUUGAGGGAGAAUGAGAACUGUGAACUUCACUGUCAUUUCACUGGUGAACAUCAUACUGAGCUCGUCAUAUAUCUUUCAAACCCUGUUUGCUCAGAUUUGUUCUUUGAAAUGGAAAAUAAACCAAAUCAGACAAGGAUACAAAACAUAUCCAGGAUCUUUGUUCUGUGGAGGGAACUGAAGCAAGGCUUACUGUAGGAAUGUAGUAGUAUGUAAGAUGUGCAUUUUAGGGCGUCGUGGAUCGGGUCCAUAAUUUUGGACCCGUGAAGACCUCUAUGACAGAUCUGAUGUACACACAUCCUAUGUCUUAACUGCGCAUCAAAUAUAUCCCUUGCUGGCUUUUUGAGCCAGAACACGUCCUUGUUGGUUUUACAAACUAACUUGUGAGAAGUCUUCAGUGGAAAAGUGUAUUUAGGGACACAUCCAGUCAAUAUAUUACUUUUGCUAUACGCAUCUAAUCAGAAAUCAGUGAUAAAUACCUUGUUAAAUACAAACAGAAAAACAAGCUGAAAGCUGGCUUUAUCUGGCUGAUUGCUUCAUUCUCUGUGCCAGUGACAGAAGAUAUGGUAUAUGUUGCAGUAUUGCUUGGGGAUUGAUUGCUAAUUCUAAUUCUAAUACUAAUUGGUGGUUUCAUCCAAAAAUUCAGCCGCAGGCAGCUUUUCUUUGCCAAGAAAAUAGGAAACCAAGCAACCAUGGAAAACCCCAGCUGAUAUUUAUCUCGGUAGAAAGUGAAUGGACUGUAGGGAGAGAGUUUUCCUGAGUUGCUGGUGCACUGUGUAAAUAAAUAUUCCUGUGCCCAAGUCAAAAAAAUAUUUUGACACUCAUGGGUUCAAGAUUGAGAGCAUGAAUGCUUUUAAAUGGCUUCCUUUUGCCUGCGCUGUAGCAGCUGUGAGGCGUGAGACAGACCAGUCAAUGAUUUAACUUUACCUUGAGGGACAUAAAUCAGCACUCUGACAUCUAAUCAAAAACAAGUGCAGCACUGCUAUUACCAUCCACGAAUUUAAGGAUUGUUAAUGGACUUGCUGUUGGCACUAAGGAGAUCUCAUUAACAUAAUUUCAGCAGGAUUUUUGUAAAUUAAUAAAAUCAUUAUUCAGUGGCCACUGGUGCUAUGCACUGUUGGCCCUUUCAUCAGACUAUUUCAUUAACUCUCCUUCCUGCUGCUUUUGUUGCAUAAUCCAGUGGGAACAUUUUUUUCAGGGGAAUGGAGCCAACAAGCUUUCACACUGGACCGAAUAAAAGCAGAGGACAUAUCUGUGGAGCUGCUGGCGGUGAUGAUGACACUUUUUCCUUUUUUCUCCAAAGCCCUGAAGCCUCAUUGAGAGCCUGCUUUUUAGUGUAAGUAAGUGCUGUGAGCUUGGGAAAAACACAAAUGAAGAUAGAGUUGGACAUUCAGUUUCCAGAAAUGGAAAGGGUUAAAAACAAUGGCGUGAUAUGAUAAGAAACCACUGACUGUUGUUCAUCUUCAAAAGACUUUGAGAAAUGCCUUCUUUUAUUUAUUUUUAAAUUUAUACAAGUGGCUUUGGACUGAAGUGGAUUUCUGGACUUUUCACGCCACUGUUGUCAUCUGAAAACCUUGUGAUUCCAAAGGACUUCAGUUGACAGAUAAUGUGAUUGUGGCAUGUGAUGAGAAAACACUGCAACCCUUUAAUCUGAUGAAAUCAUUUCAAAACCCCAUGAUGGUGUCAGAAAUGACAGCGGUCGAGCUGAGAUGAAGGUUUUUUGUCUUUUGUUCUGAACAAUGGACUUUUCUGAAAUUCUAGGUUUUUACUUAGCAGCAGCUUCUGCAUGUAAAGCAGUAAUAUAUAUACAUGUAGCACAAGUACCUAAUAUGCUAUGAUGUAUAACAAAUACACAAUACAAAUACACACAGUCAGAAUUAUGGAACAAUCCCAAUUUAAGGUCCACUUAAUAGCUGCUCUGUAACUUUCAGAUGUAUCGCCCAGUCUUCAUCAUCAGAAGGAUUUUGCUCAGUUGUCAUGAAGAUGGACCUGUUGAUGUGAUUUCUGCCAUACCACUUUUUGGACUUCUGUGUUGGUAUAAAAGUUAAGCAUGAGUGUGACAUGGUUGAAAGCUCCUGAAAAAAUUAGUAGGUACACCUUGAGUUGGGACUAUUUCCAAGGUCAGAAUGAACUUUCAUGCUUAAUAUUGUAGAUUUUUACAUAGCGAGUAAAAGUACAGAAUGGGAAAAAAAUGAAAGACAAUUAAAACUGUCUGGCUGAACCCGCACACUUCCUUUCAAAAUAAAGGUGCAGCCUGUA